AGAACGCAAUCGAAGCAAAAAGACGUGGGUCAAGCCGUAACUAUAGCCACGGCCAAUCGAAGUCUGAUUGGCUUUGUGUUGUGUUUGUCGGUCGUUUGGUGAUAGAUAGACUUUUGUUUGGAGUUGGAAGUUUGGACCACCGCUUGAACUCCGGAAAGACAAAAUGUUGUCAAGUCUUCUCAAGGAACAUCAGCAGCGCCAGCACCUCCGUAGGGAAGAGCAAGAAAAGAAGAAAAAAGAUGCCACAGCCGCUGCUAACGCGCUCACAUCUGCCAUGGUCGAUCACCUUAACGUUGGCGUAGCCCAAGCGUACUUGAACCAAAAAAAGCUUGACGCAGAGACGAAGCAGCUUCACACAAACGCCAACAACUUUGCAAAGCAAACUACGCAGUGGUUGCACUUGAUAGACAAUUUCAACCAUGCCUUGAAGGAGCUCGGUGAUGUCGAAAACUGGGCAAAGAGCAUCGAAGCUGACAUGAGAACUGUAUCGAGUGCACUGGAAUAUGCUUAUAAAGUGGGGCAAGAUGCAACAUGACAGAAACAGCUGCAAUGAAAAAGCGCAGAGCAUCAAUAUUUAUAUAAAUGAUAUGAAUAUUUUAUCCAGUUGAUUGUAUUAAUUCCUGGGGAGUAUAUGAAACUCCUACAUUACUAUAAAUGUCAACAACAUAUGGA